AUGUUUUACGAAUUGAAAACUUGGAGCUCGGUGGCUUCCACCGACAGAUCGCACCCGUUGAUUUUCGAGACUGCCGACAAACCGUGCUAUAUCAUGGCCGACGUGGGCCACAGCCAGCAAGACGACAAGUUUCUGGAAGAACUGCUCAAAACGUGCGACCUUACUGGGUUGCGCCAGAAACAUUACCAGGAGAUUGUGAGAAACAGUGUCAAGGAGCAAAUGAUCCUGAAAAGCCCGUUUUUGCGGCUCGCACAGAAACUGUGCGGAAGCUCGUACGUGGACGUGCGGGUGGACAAAUAUAUGCGGAGCAAGGGCAUUCUAAGCCCCGGACAAUACCCUAUAGUCCAGAAACCAAUUUUGAAGAAGGUGAGCUACAACGACCUCGGGUUCAAGUAUAACCCGGACAUGGACGCUCUCGAGAUCGAGAACACAGACAGGUUGCGCGAGGUGGCCAGAGAUGCAGACAUUCUGUAUCUGGAGGCUCCUGAUCUGGAGAAGUUGUACAUCCGCAAGAUCAAGUGUCUUUUGGAGGCCCAGCCGCUGUUCGUGCGGGAGGCUUGCGACGCGCACAUUCGCACGCGGAUGCGGUAUUUUGACCGUCUACUGGACGAGCACCACCAGAGCUUUGACGAGUUCGAGCAACGGCUGCUGAACCAGCCCAUCCGCGAGUACAUCAAGUGA